UUCAAAAGAAAGAAAGAAAAAAAAAAUAAAAAGAUUUGCAACAAAAUCCGGUCGGAUCUUGCUUCGUGUGAUGUUCAUCGUGGUGGGUCUUCUUGCUUGCUCUUAAAACCAACGCCAAACCCACCAUUUUCCCCCUAAUUUCUCCACUCCAAAAAAAAUGUCCAAAUUCCAUGUUCUUGCCGUCGAUGAUAGCCUCAUUGAUCGGAAGCUCAUCGAGCGCCUCCUCAAAACCUCCUCCUAUCAAGUCACUGCGGUUGAUUCUGGUAGCAAGGCUUUGGAGUUUCUUGGCUUGGUUCAUCAAGAUCAACCUACGAUUACAGACUUCGAUCAUCAGGAAGUGGAGGUGAAUCUUAUCAUUACUGAUUACUGCAUGCCGGGAAUGACUGGCUUCGAUUUGCUCAAGAAGGUUAAGGAAUCGUCGUCUCUAAGAAACAUACCGGUCGUGAUAAUGUCAUCGGAAAACGUACCUUCGAGAAUCAGCAGAUGCUUGGAAGAAGGCGCGGAAGAGUUCUUCCUGAAGCCAGUUCAAUUGUGCGAUGUGAACAAACUGAAACCGCACAUGAUGAAGGCGAAGGCGAAGGAUGAAAAUCAAGAAGAAACAACCGAGUCGGAGACUGAAUUGGAAUCGUUAGAACAACAGCCGCAGCCGCAGACGAACGGUAGCAAGAGGAAGGCGGCCAUGGAAGACGAUGUGGCGGCGGAGAGAAGAAGACGAAGGUACGACAAUGGCGUCGCGACUGUGAUGUGAUGAUUAAUUAGACAUAAAUCCGCCAUGAGAGAAAUUGUACAUAGAGUACAGAAGUUGUAAUUGGUAAUUCGAUUACCGUAUGAAGAUUCUUCUAGUAAUUCAAUUUUGUUUUGCAUUUCAAUUAGGGAAACUCAAACUGAAACCUUCAA